AUGGCUCCCACCAACUUUCAGAGCGAGGUCCGCAUCACCCACAUCACCACUGCCACUUCCAUCUUGGAAAUCGAUGGAGUGAGCUUCCUCACCGACCCCGUCUUUGGGGACGCCCCUGUUGAGUACGACAUUACCAGCCUGAUGCCCAAAGGAACCGAGAAAACAGUCUUGAAGUUUGAUGAACCGCCGGCCUUGGGACUGCAUCAGCUUCCAGUCAUUGACGCAAUUCUGCUGAGUCAUGAGGAUCAUAUCGAUAACUUGGAUGAUGCUGGUCGCACCCUUUUGAACGGCCGCCCAGUCCUCACUACUCCUGAUGGUGCAAAGAAUCUGGCCCCACGACCUGCGGUUCAGGCCCUUAAGCCUUGGGAGACUGUGACUCUGACACUGCACGGCAUCAAGUGGGAGAUUACCGGGGUCCCAUGUGUUCAUAUGCCUGGAGGAGAGGUCAUUGGCUUUAUCCUACGAAACGACAAGUUCGGCUACAGCGAAGAAGGCUUACCCAACGCCAUCUACUUUACUGGCGACACCGUUCUUCUUCCCGAUCACUUCGACAUCAAGCAGCGCUUCCAUAUUGUAGUUGCGCUCAUGAACCUCGGCGAUGCGAGAUUCAAGAUUGGUGGACGCGAAGAGCCACUUCAAAUCACAAUGGGCGGCAAGGAGGCUGCGACCCUCGUCCGCCAUCUCAAUGCCGAUCACCUCGUCCCCAUUCAUUUCGAGUCUUGGCACCACUUUACUCAGCAUGGCGAGGACCUCGAGAAGGUAUUUGAGGCUGAAGGUAUUCUGGAUCGUGUCUGCUGGCUGAAGCCCGGAGAAGCGCGAAGGAUUAUCUAA